AUACACAACAAUAGGUGUAUUCUGCCAUAAAACCUUGACAAAGAAGAAGAAGAAGUGUUCCCAAACAAACAACCUCUCCCCGCUCUUCAACUGGUUGUACAGUACAGCAAAAUUCCGUUCAAUUGAACGUUUCAGAGCAUAAAAACGAACGCAGCCCUGGUUUCUACGGGUUCACAAAACAACAAUGGGGUCCCGUUCUCAACAGGUUCGUGUUAGACUUCUCCCCAGCCCUUGCUGUUUCUUCGACGAGCCAGUACACGUGCAGGUAGAUGGACUAUCUCCGUUUCAGAAAGUGGAGUUGAGGUCCAACCUCCGGGACGAUAAAGGGGUCAUCUUCAGAGCUUCCUCCGUGUAUAAGGCAGAUGCUACAGGACAAGUGGACCUUUGCCGCUCUCCUUCUCUUGGCGGCAGUUAGACGGGAGUUGAACCCAUGGGCUUGUUUUGGGCCAUGGCGCCCGAGACUCCACACAGCAAAAUGUAAAAAAAUAAUGUGUUGAGUUCAAUUAUGGUUAAUAUAGAUGUUCUGCAUGGGGAUACAGGUGAGCUCUUGGCCACAGCGACCAACGAGAGGCGGUUCAUGACAGAAGGGGCGAGGAGGAUACUGUUGGGCUUGAAAGAAGGAAGAAUUCAGGGAGUCCUCUUUCUACCACCCGGUCCAGGAAUAGGAAUCCUGUCCAUCUCGAAGAGUGGCGACCUGGCUCUGUCCAUGGCCUCUUUCCUCUCUGGCAUCUCAGCCACAGCCUGGAUCAACGGCAGCAACGCUAAUAUCAUGACGCCGCUGCACUACAAAGACAUCAUCAUCCCUCCCCUCAUGCCUAUCCUAGAGAACAUCACCCUCUUACCGUCUGGCCACGUCGACGUCCGAGACACCAUUCCGGACCCAGAUACUGAGGGGAACCGCGGUUCUUUGAUCCCAAUAGAACAUUCCAGUUCUAGGUUCCUCUUCGCCGUCUCGGAGGACGACAGGAACUGGAACAGUCUCUUUGCCCAGCAGGCCGCCGCCCGGCUGAGGCAUCAUGGGAAAGAGAACUUUGAGGUGGUGACGUACCCCAGGGCGGGUCAUUUCCUGGAGGUGCCCUACAUGCCCAACUGCCCGUCUCGCUUCCACGCUGCGUUAGGUAAAGUGAUGGUGUUUGGAGGAGAGGUUAAAGCCCACCUUGAAGCUCAGCGGGACCUGUGGAGGAGGGUCCAGGAGUUCUUCAGGAAACACCUGAAGGACAGCAAUACUGGACAGAAAGCCAGGCUGUAACAUGAAAAGAAUGGCUACCUUCCAGGUCGACGUUUGGACUGGUGUUUAAUAUAUCAGCUAAUUAGGGACGUCAAGCGUUCAGUCUGCUGCACAGACCCUCUGGACGCUUUAGUCUAUAGCGCCUGGUUAAAUUGUGCUUAGGACAAUUUAAAUGGUUAAAUUAGUGAGAAAUGUGAUUAUUGAAAAAAUCAAUUUGCUUCAUUUACUAUCAUCCUAAAAUAAGAUAUUGAAUUAUUUUGCCAUAUCUAAUUAAUGUAUAUUACACUACUUUCCAAGAUUUGUUACUACAGUUACACAAGCUGACGUUUUGACCACAUCAAAUUGGGGGGAAUUACCCAUCCUUUUUUACCUCUGAUUGGAGAUGUUCGUAUAUACAUUAAUACUCAACACGAUGACACAUGAUCAAUUAGUUAAAACAGAUCUGUCUUUGGUUUUGGACUGUUGAUUUUGUCAUAUGUGCUUUUGGGGUCGCGGAGUUUAGAACGCCGUGAGAAUGCACAGAGUUUAGAACGCCGUGAGAAUGCACAGAGUUUAGAACGCCGUGAGAAUGCACAGAGUUUAGAACGCCGUGAGAAUGCACGGUCUCGAUAAAAGUCGCUGCCCACACACCAAUACACAGAUUUCACUUAAAUAGCAUGUUUUGGGAAUUCUUACACGGGGACACUCAAAGUCAAAUCUUAAAUGAAUCAUCGUUUAUUGUCAGCGCGCGGGAGGUUCCAACAAACUUAAUGUGCCAUAGUGAACGUCUGUCAGAAGCGCUGCUGAGGCAGUCCCGGACAAGUUAUAUUUGCAUGAUUUAGCAUAAUGAAUUAAUCAUUACCGUUUUUGUUUCAUUCAUGUGACCGAUCAAUACUGGUUCAUAACAUGUGACAGACCAAUACCUCACGAGGUUUCUUCUCUCUCAAGGCUUUGAAACUGAGAUGUUUUUCGUUCUCAAAACAAAGGUCUGGGCGUACUGCCAAAUUGCAGCUACUGAUGGUGAGGAUUCAUUCAGUCACUUGCAUGAACACAGAAAUUGGUUUAUAGAAAAGCACAAGCAUAGAAAUAGUUUUAUAGAAAACCACAAGCAUAGAACAUAGAAAUUGGUAAAUAGAAAAGGACAAGUAUAACAUUUCCACCACAAGUAGCCAACGGUUGUCACUGUUGAUAUCCUAUGACGGGUUGUGAUUCAUUGAUGUUAACAGAAAAAGUUUCUCUUUUCCGUGAUGGCAGUCUCCUGAAAUCAACAUCUGCCAUCCCAAAAUAUAGAUUAAAGCCUUCUGCAAAUUCUCAUCUAACCAACCAUGUAUAGGUUAUUCCAAGUUUCCGUGAGGCCUUUAAAUAGUGUUAGAUAAACAGUGCUACACUCAACAUUUUCCCUGUUCUAUUGAUUUCAGCGUGAAAUCGAUGGAAGCGAUUUACAAAAAAGUGUUGCUUUACACUUACAGCGUUGGCGCUUCAAAAUGUACCUAGCUGUCUUCUACAAAAUUGUCCUCUCACCAUUGAUGUACACAUUAUUCCCAGAUUCCGUAUGUUUUUUUUCUGUCAGUUUUAAUAGGACGUGCAACCUCAUUUCUCCCCUCAUGCAAUUUAUUUAAAUGUGAUAAUCGAUAGGAGUGAUUGACAAACAGUGGCACCCCCACCCCGAAAAAAGCAUGUCAAAUGUCUUUGUGUUUCAGAAUUUUCCAAAAGAGUAUGACGUUGUUGCCGCCCUUAGCAUUGAAUGCAAGGGAAGCCAGCGAGCAUUUCGCCUCCCUUGAUUAAAAAAUGUAAAAUAAUAUCCAAUCAGCGUUGAGGUAACCUGAGUGUUCUGUUUUAAAUGUGUAUUUUUCUAUAUAUUUACACAUCCUGUGUUUUAAUCAAAUCAACUAUAUUCACUGAGCUUGUCUGAUGCUUUAAGCACAUGGUGUGAUUAAAUAAUUAAGACACACAAAUGACUGGAAGGAGUCUGUCCAGCGAUUGAUUUGAUUGUGCGGGCCUGGCCUGGCUCAGACUUGCUGUGUUUAAAAAAAAAAAAAAAAAAAGACAGCGAGUGACUGUGUGACUAGCACCCGUUGUCUCUGUCUACUCCCUGCAGCGACCACCACAGAAUGUCAGUGUUUAUCGUGCUGUCCGUGUUGCUGAAACAUAAUUAAAGCCAUUUCUGACUGAAAAGUUGUUACCAGUUAUGUAAUUAUUAGUCCGUUAUUCCAGAAGAGGAUUCGGACAGGAUUAGUUUUUUUUCAAACUGACCCCUGUAAUUCUACAUUUUUUCCCAAUAAAUUGACAGUUAUGACAGAA